UCAGAGAGAACGUGAGGAUGAUGAGGAUCGAGUUGAUGAUAAUGUAGAGGUGAUCAUGGGCCGGGCCGGGCCGGGUUCGGGCCGGGCCGCGGCCAAAAAAAAUUGCCCAUUGGCCGGGCCGGGCCGGGCCGGGCCUAAAUUCGGGCCGAAUUUUUGUGUCCAAAGCCCGCUAUUUCGGGCCGGGCUUAGCGGGCUUUUGCGGGCCAAAACGGGCCGGGCCAAAAAAUAGACUAAAAAGUCGUUUUUAGCUUGCCCAAAGCCCGGCCAAAAACAAAAAAAAAAUGGCCGGGCCGGGCCCGGCCCGGCCCGCGGGCCGAAAAAUUCUGCCCAAACCCGGCCCAAAAACGGGCCGGGCCGGGCCGGGCCAGCGGGCCGGGCCAUGUUUGAUCACCUCUAUGAUAAUGGUGAUGAUACUGAUGAUGUAGAGGGUGAUGACAUAGGGGAGGAGGAUGAGGAAGAACAAAACGUACACAAAACUGAUGAUUGGCAGUUGAUUAGAGGGAUAGAUGGAGGACCUUCAAAUCCCGAUUUACUUACCGGUUUUCGCGCUCAUGUUGCACACUACAUAUGGAUUGGUCGGGAUCGAGGUUUGUUGACAUGCCACAAUCGAAGUGACCAGUUAUCUUCGUGGACUAUAGAACAAGAUGAUGUUAAACUUCUGCUUGCAAAAACACAAUUAAAACAUUUAUCAACUUGUAUGUUUGAGCACGUAAACCUGCCUCUGAUUUCAGCUUUCGUUGAGAGAUGGCAUCCUGAAACAAAUUCAUUUCACAUGCCAUUUGGAGAAAUGACCAUCACUCUUCAUGAUGUAUCUUAUAUACUCAAUGUACCGUAG